GAGCAGGGGGGGCUGCACAGCUUGUGUAUGGAGGAGGCAGGGGGGCUGUACACAGACUGCAGCCACUGAGGAUAUACUGAGGGGAGAGGAAGAUACAGCAGGAUACAGACCGAGACAUGGAGGAUGACGGAGAGAAGACGCCUCCUGAUGGAGCUUACGGAGAACCGAGGAAAUAUGAUCCAAGCUUCAAGGGCCCCAUACAUAACAGGAGCUGCACGGACAUCCUGUGCUGUAUACUCAUAGUGCUCGCCAUUAUCGCGUAUGUGGCUGUUGGGAUUGUUGCCUGGACGUAUGGAGAUCCACGGAAAGUCAUCUACCCUACAGACAGCAAAGGCCAGUUCUGCGGACAAGUUGGGACCCCCUAUGAGAAUAAGCCGUUCUUGUUCUACUUCAACAUCAUGAAAUGCGCCAGUCCCCUGGUCCUGCUGGAAUUCCAAUGUCCAACUACCCAGAUCUGUGUGGAGAAAUGUCCAGACAAAUUCCUCACGUAUCUUGGCGUGGCCACGGCACAGAAGGAUUUUGACUACUACAAGCAAUUCUGCAGAGAGGGCUUCAACAAUUUCACCAAGAGUCCAGUGGAAGUGCUAAGAGACCGAGACUGUCCGGCUAUGAUAACACCAAGCAAACCAUUCACCAGAAGAUGCUUCCCAGCUAUUAACAUAAAGAAAGGGGUGGUCAUGGUUGGAAACUCAACAACGUUCGAUGAUGGAAGAGACCAAAGGCAGCGCAAUGUCAGUGACCUGGUGGAAGGAGCCAAAAAAGCCAAUGUGGUGCUGGAGGCUCGGCAGGUUGCUAUGAAAAUAUUUGAGGACUACACCGUGUCCUGGUACUGGAUAAUCCUCGGACUUGUCAUCGCCAUGGUCAUCAGCUUGAUUUUCGUGGUCUUGUUGAGGUUCCUGGCAGGGAUUAUGGUCUGGGUGAUGAUAGUUCUGGUGAUCGCAGUUAUGGGAUAUGGAAUCUUCCAUUGUUACAUGGAAUAUGCCCGACUAAAGGGAACAGCUGGUUCUGAUGUCAAACUGACGGACAUUGGGUUUCAGAGCGAUUUACGGGUGUACCUGCACUUGAAGCAGACAUGGCUGGCAUUCAUGAUCAUUCUGUGUAUAAUGGAAGUAGUCAUCAUCCUCCUGCUGAUAUUCCUCCGGAAAAGGAUCAUGAUUGCCAUCGCACUCAUUAAAGAGUCCAGUAGGGCGGUUGGACAUGUCAUGUGUUCCUUGGUGUUCCCCCUGUUUACGUUCCUGUUGGUGUGUCUUUGUAUUGCCUAUUGGGCCAUCACAGCAGUUUUCCUCUCCACCUCCAAUGAUGCUAUCUAUAAGGUGUUUAAUGAAACGCAGUGCGAUUAUGCCGGCAAAACCUGUGACCCUGAGACUUUUAACACCACCAACAUUUCCCGCAUUUGCCCGGAUGCCACCUGCCAGUUUGCCUUCUAUGGAGGAGAGACCUACUACCACAAGUACCUGAUCGUCUUCCAGAUCUACAAUGCCUUCAUGUUCCUCUGGCUGGCCAACUUCGUCAUUGCUCUUGGUCAGGUGACGCUGGCGGGGGCAUUUGCCUCUUAUUAUUGGGCCUUCAAGAAACCAGAGGACAUGCCCGCCUUCCCCAUUUUCUCCUCCUUCGGCCGUGCACUCAGAUACCACACGGGUUCCCUGGCAUUCGGGUCUCUUAUUCUUGCAAUCGUGCAGCUGAUCAGGAUCAUGUUGGAAUAUCUGGACCACAAACUGAAAGGGGCUGAUAAUAAGUGUGCCCGCUUCCUGCUGUGCUGCCUCAAGUGCUGUUUCUGGUGCCUCGAAAAAUUCAUCAAGUUCCUCAAUCGGAACGCCUACAUCAUGAUUGCCAUUUACGGCACCAACUUCUGCACGUCGGCUCGGAACGCCUUCUUCCUGCUUAUGAGAAACAUAAUUCGUGUUGCAGUCCUUGAUAAAGUCACUGACUUCCUGCUGUUCCUAGGAAAGUUGCUGGUUGUGGGCUGCGUGGGAAUCCUGGCUUUCUUCUUUUUUACUCAUCGCAUCCAGAUUAUACAGGACACUGCCCCCGCUCUCAAUUACUACUGGGUACCGAUUCUGACGGUGGUGAUUGGUUCCUACCUCAUCGCCCACGGCUUCUUCAGUGUGUACGGCAUGUGUGUGGACACCCUCUUCCUGUGUUUCUGUGAAGAUCUGGAGAGGAAUGAUGGCUCCUUGGAGCGGCCAUAUUACAUGUCUCCCGAACUCAGCCGCAUUUUGCUGAAAAAAGAUGCCGAGCCCUUAAAAACCAGUGAAAGCCAAAGCUGAAGUUCUCGUGCGGUUCUGACCGUUCUUCUCUUCUCUGCUGAUACCACUAACCUUCUUCUUUCUUCUGUACCUCAUGCCCAGGAGAGAGGCCAGGGCACCUGGUAGUGUCAGACGGGGCUGUAACUUUAAUGGCGUUAGACCAGAGCCCUGGGGAAGCCUCUUGGGGGGGGGAAACUAAGGGUUAAUCUGCCUAUACCUUCAUGUGUGUACAAACACCCAGUGCCUUGUAUUACCUAUUGCAUGACCCGAGCUCAUAUCAGAUAUGUGCCUCUUUAUACCAGUAUGCCCCCGUCAUGAUGUCCUGUGGUACGUAGUCUCUCUGUAUGUCUCUUCACCUUGGCAUUGCCACCAUCUUCACGUCUCCAUUCCCUCCUGCACAGUGGAAGAUCUGGAAAGGAACGACGGCUCCACUGAGAGACCUUAUUACAUGUCGUCCAACCUACAGAAACUGCUGAACAAAAAGAACAAGGACGGGAAAUGAUGGUUGUGAUGUCAUCGCCGUGUGUAAUGUCCUCCUCCCAGGCUGGACACACGUGCGCCAUUCUGUGUCUGGUGAUGUCAUCAUAUCGACGCUAUGAUAUGUAUAUACAUGAUGUCCUGUCUCUUCCUCCAAAAUAGAAUUUUUCUAUCCACUUCAGCAGAAGAUUUUUGAGCUCCGACCUGAUAAAGACGGAAAAAGACCACACGGAGAAUAUUUUAGUCAACAUUUUUAGUAAUAUUGGCUUCUGGGAAAGCUGGGUUAAAACGGUUACCCAGCAUUUCUAGACUCCUGAACUGGCUAGUUAUGUACAAAUACAUCUUUUUUUUUUAUUUUUUAUUUUUUUUAUUGCCAUAUCGUUGCAUAACGACAGACAUAGCGCUCAGGAGCCUAGGAAAGUUGGAUACAAUGCUGCAAUAACCAUAUUGGUUGUGCCCCAGCUUUCCCAGGAAACCUAAUUUUUAUUUUACACUACUCAGAUCGUCCCAUGUGGCUACUGGUGCCUGGUGCCCAGUCGCCAUAUUUAUAUUGAACGUUAACUGGACAUUGUUUGUUUGUUUUUAAUAGUUAUUUUUUUUUAUAUAUAU